AUGGACAAGAUGCCGGUGCUUCUGUGCUUAGAGAACCCCUUACUUGGCUUGAUUGCCCAGGGUGUUGACAGUCUUGCUUACUCCAUGUUCCAUCUGUUUCACAGGGACAAGGACCUCCUCGAUAAAUAUGGACUGAAAUCCAAUAACGCCAUUCUCGCCGAGGAAUCCCAUGCAGGCCUUUUCGAUGAUUUGAUCAAUAACUACUCGGCGGAAACGACCGCAGGUGGUGGUGCCCAGAACACGGCCAGAGGCGCCCAGUAUCUACUCCCAAGAGACAGUGUUGUCUUCAUUGGCUGCGUGGGUAAUGAUAGUUAUGCGGAUAAUCUACGAACUUCAUGCCAAAAAGCUGGUGUCCGUACGGAAUAUCUCGUUGACGAGACACACCCUACAGGCCGCUGCGGCGUCGUGAUUACAGAAAAGAACCGAAGCCUCUGCACUGAGCUCGGUGCUGCCAAUCACUACAAACUAGAGCAUCUGAAACGACCUGGGAUCUGGAAUCUUGUGGAGUCGGCACAUAUAUUUUUUGUUGGGGGGUACCACUUAACUGUCUGCCCUGAGGCAGCUUUGGCUCUAGCGAAGGAGGCAGCUACGAAGAAUAAGGUAUUCGUAAUGUCGUUAUCUGCUCCCUUUGUUCCAGUUACGUUCAAAGAUGCUUUGGACGAAACCGAGUCGUAUUGGGACUACAUUAUUGGCAACGAAAGCGAAGCUCGAGCAUGGGCCUACUCCCACGGCUUGGAGUCUGAGAAUGUUUCUACAAUUGCUCAGCAUCUCGCGAACCUGCCAAAGGCAAACUCCAAAAGACCUAGAGUGGCUUUGAUUACCCAAGGCUCUUCCACGACGGUCAUUGCGGUGUCUGGAAUGCCGGGACAUAGAGAGGUUCCAGUUCGGAAGAUCGCCGCAUCUGAAAUCAUUGACACCACUGGAGCCGGUGAUGCUUUUGCGGGAGGACUUCUGGCCGGUAUCGUCCAACAAGAAUCACUCGAGACCUCGGUCGAUAUGGGACACUGGCUUGCGUAUCUAGGCAUACAACAAUUGGGUUCAAAGUAA